AGCCAAAACCAGAAGCAACGCUGGGGGCUGAAAGAAGCCAGGAGAGCACUGGUGAGAGUUGGACUAAUAAAGGGGGGAAAAGAGCGGAUCAGAAGGAGACUUUUCUGUUUCUGGGCUCUGAAAGCCCUGCAGCUUCCUCAGAAAAAGAGAGUAGCAUCCUGAGAGGCAGCGUUAAAAAACACAUUAGUCUGUUUGCUUCAGAAAAUCCUGCUCCCCCAGUGGAGGCAGAGCCUCUCUCACCAGCUGCUGAGAAGGAAAACAGAUGUGUGAGCAUCCAGCAGAGAAUCAAGGAGCUGACGACAGAAACCACUGAUGUUAAGGCAGGAAAUCUACGCAGGUCACUUCAGUCACGGCCACUUUCUGCAGACUUGACCAAAAUGUUUUCAAGUCCAACACCAAGCAGUGAAGCAAAGCCUGAGAAACCUUCUGACUCCACCAAUGAAUUGCAAGAGAACCAGAAAAGUAAGGAGCUGAAGCUGGCAGCUGGCACAGAUGGCACCGAAGCACCCACUGCUGGGAGCCCAUGGAAAGCCAGGCAGGUUUUAAAGAUUGCAAAUAAACCUGAUCCCAUAGAGAGGAGAGGAAGCUUCCACGGGGAUGGGCAGCAUUUCCCUCAGCAAGGUGAAAAUCCUGUCUCCUUCACAAGCAGCCUGGAAAAAAAAUUCAAACCAAACCCCCUUACAGAAAAAAGCUCCAUUAAAACUGUCCGAGCCACUAUGUUUGACCAUAACGUUCAGAGGCACAACGUUGCUGCUGACCAGCCUGGGGCUGAUUCUGCACUGAAAGUGAACACUGAGCCAGAGGUGAAGCCUGAAGUGGUGACUUUAGGCCAAGCCAGGCGGUCAUGGCUGGGAGAUGUGGAGGAAGCCAUUAGUGUCAAGAAGGAGUAUCACAAGCAGUCGGAUCCAUCGAGGCAGACAGGUGUAGCGACAAGCGGGAAAGCAACUUGUUCAAGUGAAGACAAGAAAAUGACUCCAGGAAUCCUCUUGGAAAAAACUUUGGUUGAGAAAAGUGAGAAACCCACAGCUAAAAGUGCAGAGGAGUCCCUCCUUUACCAGAGAGUGGAGCCCAGGUAUGAAAUCUUUCAGGCGUGCGGUGAGAGAGCUCUGAGCGAAGCCAUCACGAUGGCUCCCGAGAAAAAGGCCAUGACUCUCAGGACCAGAAAAUCAUCUGUGAGAGAGAGCAAACUGGAUGAGGAUGUUCUCCAUGCUGGUCAGUCGGGUAGAGCGAGUAGUAAAACUCUCUACUUGAGGGAGGAAGAUGUGAUUUCAGGAGCUGGAGACGCAAAGGUGCUCGCGAGCAAGUCUGUGUUGAGAGAAGCAAAUGGUUUGUUCUCCAGUGAAUGCACUUUACCUGAGCAGAAGAAAGACUCUGAUAGAACUGAGCCUGAAAAAACAGCUUCUUCCACAAGCAAAAGCAGAGGUUUGGGGGUGAAUGAGAAUGUGAGCAGACUACAUUCUGAUGUGAGAAGUGAUCAGGGUGGUGUCUGUUCUGUGGAGAAAGCAGAGAGGUCUAACGUGAUGAAAUGCUCCUUUGAGAAGAGGAGUUUUAGGUCAGGUGGGACAGAGAGCUCUGAGUUCAGAACCAACUUGGACUGGGAAGUGAUUUCAACAAGUAUAAGCAAACAGGUGGCCCAGUCUUCUGCACUGCUUUCAAGUGGGCAGUUGUGUAAACCUUCCAGCAGCCACCAUCCUGAUCCAAAAGUUGUGCCCAUUGAUAAAGAUGAAUCCAGAGCCUUUGGCUUAAGGAAAAGUCUGGAGUUAAAUCACAAAGGGCAAGACUUUAGCUUAGAUAGCACAGCCCAUGAAAACAGGGGGAAAAUCAGAGUAAUAGACCCAGAAGAAAAACUCAGGAGAAGCAGAAGUAGUGUUUCUGAUUUGAAGAUUUCUGAGAGGUGGAGGAGGAGGACCUUGCCUCAGGAUUCUGUCAAGACAGAAGACGUUGUCUGGCUCGCUCCUGAGAACCUCAGAAGGCUGAGCCAGACAGAUUCACUGCAGCUGGAUGCAAGCUCAGUGAAAAAGGGAAGCAAAAAAGAGAAAGAAGGGCUGGAAGGCACUGAGGCAAACCAAGCCCUUCUUGGAAGUCCUGGGGAUGGCCUGAAAAAUCAGAGCUCUGCCUUCGAGCCGAAGGCGACUUACUAUGCAGUGACUUAUCAGCCUCCUGGUACCAAGAAAGGGAAAAGCUCUGUUGGUGCUCCAAGUGCAAGUGAAAUGAACUCAGGCUCAAGCGAGGGAGCAACCAUUAACCUGGACCCUGUUAUUCCUGGGAGGUCCAAACCUUUAUUGCAGCGACCAGCUAAAAAUGUGACGAGUCCAAGUGGCAGGGAAGACUCCAGGGAAGGGCAUUUUAGCAAGGAUUGGGUUAAAGAAGAUGACAAAGAUGAUGUUUUUUCCAAAAACACUGCAUUUGGUAGUUUUCACCUGCCCAGGAAAGAUAACCAACAGUAUCAUGAGAGAGGUCUGGAUCAUUCUAAAGAGAACAUUAUAGAUGUGGAUGCUUUCCUGUUAAAACAGGAUCUGGAAAACACAACUCAAACUGACCUCAAAAGUAGCAGGAGAAAAGUCUCCUCUUACCAUGAGCCCAGAGCUCCUGCAGGUUUUGCACAGUCCCACAAAGACAGCGAACUGCCCCCCCAGAAAAGGAGUGAAAGUGGUUGUGAUCUGCCUGGAAAGAAGGCUGAGGAUGGAUACAGAUCCCAGAUUCUUGAUAUCGAUGCGCUCAUGGCGGAGUAUAAAGAGGAAUCGGUGAAGGCCAGCAGCGUUCCAGACAAGCUCUCUGGAGAGCACAGUUCAUUGAGCUGGGAGAAGGCAAAGAACAGAAGAAAUAUGUCAGACAGGACAAGCUCAUCCCACAUCUGGAAAGAGUGGAAGGGGUCAGAUCACUCCUCUGUUGCUAACAAGCAAGGGGAUUGUGUGGAAGAGUCCCACCGACUGGAGAAGUCAGCUGUAAGCGAGAAGAGCAAAGAGAAGCUGGAAUCAUGUAGCCCAGAGCUGGAGAAACCAAAGUGCAAAGACAAGAAGUUCAACCCUCCUUACUGGGGAAAUCCCAGCAGCUUCUCUCCAGAGAGGUUUAUCAGUCCCUCUGUGGAGCUCACUCGGAAGAAGACUUUCAUUGUUGAUGAGGGUGAGGAGGUGAACCUGACCUCCAGGACUCCAGGCUCAAAAUUCGUGAUUGAGAAGGUGCAGCCUGUCAAGCUGGUUGGCACAGACCCCAGGUGGGAAGUCAGUUUUGCUUCCAAGUUGUCCAUAAAGACAGAUGAUGGCCACUGCCAGAAGAAGCUGCUCUCCAAAGAGCAGUGUUUGGAGGCAUCUCCAGAAGGCGACUGGAGCAGAACUGCAGUGAGGGGCAAAGAGAACGCCAAGAAGGCAAUCUGUGAGAGCGACUCUGCCAGUGGGAGGAGUAAAACCGACUGGAGGAGCUACACAGCCGCUGUAGGAAGCACACCCACGGAUCUGAGACGAUCCUACUCGGAGAAGAUCCGCCCAGGGAAAGACAACCUGCCCCUUGUGCAAGAGGGGAGGGGAAGGAAGGACCUGUCCCGCUGCAGGCAGAGCCUUCCGCUGGAGAGCGCAGACAGCGGGUGGCAGCACAAGGUGGCACCUCCAGUGGAGACCUUCUUCCUCGAGGACAGAAAGGCUUCUAGGAAAGAGUGGACCAAGCAGAGUUCAGACAGAGCAGAAGGGACAGACUUUUCCUUGGCCUCUACUCCGAGGAGCCACCACAGCUUCUACAAGGAGAGAAGGGACCAGCUGAAGCAGUGCUUCACCAGGCAGGCUCCGGGGGCGAAGGACACGGACACGCUGGUGCAGGAGCCCGACAGCCAGUACGGCACCUGGAGCCAGCAGCGCCACAGCGGCGACAGCUUUGUGCCUGAAUCUCCCUCCUCAGAGAACGAUGUCACUUCCACCAGAAAGCAGCCUGCAAGCAGCCACCCAUCCUCACUGUCCUCUCAGGCAGAGCCUGCCUCCCUGGCUGACCACCAUGACUUCUCCAAAGACCAAAGGAGCACCAGCUUGGACCGGUCCAGCACUGACAUGGACUCUACUGAUGGGACUGAUUUACCUCCCCCAGGAGAUGCCUGCCCUGAUGAGAAGCCCACAGAUUUCUCUUUCAUAGAUCAAACUGCUGUCCUGGACUCCAGCGCGCUGAAGACUCGCGUCCAGCUCAGCAAGAAGAGACGCCGCCGGGUUCCUGUUUCCCACUCCCUGAGGAGGAGCAGGGGGCUGGAGUUUGAGAACAGGUUUUCUUUGACAGAAGAACCAGAUAAUGCCUGGAUGUUUAAAGAUUCCACAGAAGAGAAGAAAACUAUGCAACAGGAGGAUUCUGAUGAAGAAGACAAGAUCCACCAGACUGGAAGAUCCUCAUCUGUACAUGCUCAGAGGCUUCCUGUGUUUCCUGGCAUGGAUCACUCUGUCCUCAAGGCCCAGCUGAGGAGAAGGCACGAGGCUGAGAGUCCUGCUGAAACAAGUUCUCCUCAGCUCUUCAAGUCCCCAAAAUCCCAGCUUGGAACUCCUGGUAGCAGAGUGCUGCCCUCCAGUGUGGAGAAGGAGGAGAGGUCAGAAGAAAAAUCUCCUCAGUGGCUGAAGGAGCUGAAAUCAAAGAAGAGACAGAGCCAUUAUGAGAAUCAGGUUUGAAAAGGUGUUGAUGCUAACUAGAAGAAGAUAAAGAAGUUUAACAGAAGCCUUAACUCAUCUGAACCUAAACUUCACGUCAUGUUGCUGCUGUUUGCUUCCUGCCUCAACUGCUAUGUGCAUGGUGCCUUCCUGUUUCGUGGAGAAAGCUGCUUAAUGUUCAUAGUCAAAUACAAAGCUGGGGGGGGUGGGGUCGGUGUCAGAGGCUGGGAGAAGAAAAAGAGGAGAGAAGGAGGCCACCUGGCAGAAGAACUCCCAAGCAGCACUUCAGGAAGGUUGGCAUCUUUCUACCAUAGGAGUGCUGCGAGCCUGCUGCUCGAAGGAGGAACUUCCACUUCUGCUCUGGCUGGGUUUGAGAUGAUGCCAAGGUGGAACCUGAGGCUUUGUGUUUGUUUAUGAGAAGUAACCAAUCUGAAAGCAAAUUUUUAUCUCUUUAUUUUGUUUUUUUAUGUUGUUGUUGUUGUUCUGCUGGAUGAGAGAGGGGGGGGGGGGAAGAAAAAAAAACAACUAAACCAAGUAGUGAGCUCCUGGUUAGAGUGGAGAUGGUGGAAGGUGAGAGUGGAAGACCAAAUCCUGUUUACUGCCAUACUGACAAAGGAAACUUGAUUGUU